AUGGACGGCGAAGGCCCUCCCGAGCUCGUAACAUCGAACAGCUGCCGUAACGAUAAGAAGCUGGUGGCGUUCAUAAUUGAGCGCCGAAUGAGACUAAUCGAAGUGGUGAUGCCAAUGGUGAUGUUUUUUAGCAACGUGAAGGAAAACUUUCGUGCAUUGUGGUUUUACAAUAACUACGAUUGCAAUAUUCCUCCGAAUGCGUCUAGACCUUUGACCACGGCGUAUCGGAAAAGGCGACACCAGGAGCGACUGAACAUGUUAAUCGCCUACAGCACUCCCGGCUCCCAGCUCAAUGUGGGGGGAUACCUGAAGCGAGCUCACAUCUCAUUCUUCAACAAGGAAGACUUCUACUGCUUGUACAACAUAUAUCAUGCAAAGAAGGCCAAUCUGACCUUUGUAGAAUUCAGUUCUUCCGUACCACGGUUGUACAAUAGCGCGCUAGUUCGGGGAUCGGGGUCCAUUUAUCCAUCCCCACUUAAAGAACGCUUAGUCGUGAGCUGCUUUAGUCUUGUGGAGUGUAGAGAUUCAACUAACUAUGGCCGUCAUCUAAAUGCUCGUCAGAACCUGGCCAGAGGAGAUACGGCACUACGCGAGAUGCCAUUUGUGAGUUUACUUAUAAAGGACUUGUGGAUGCGAUGCCACCAUUGCCUGAUCUACGCACCGUUCGUACUCAUUCCGUGCCAAUCUUGCUCGCUGGCGUUGUUUUGUUCAGAGACCUGUCGUGAUCUUGCCCACGAAGAAUACCAUUCAAUGGAGUGCACCAUUAUGCCAAUCCUUCUUGGGCAGUAUUCAUCCAUGGAGAUUUUCGCUCUGCGUCUUACAAUCCGUGUUUAUAAAAUGUUCCCCGGUACGUCGGAUGCACUCGAUGCGUACAUUCGUAACCUAUCCGAUGACGUCAACGAAAAUGAGUAUAGCACGCCUAGUCCGAAGCCAGAUUAUCGGAAGAUCUACGGACUGACAACCAACCGGAAGCAUUUGUCCAGACAAUCACUGACCAACGAUGGACUGAAAGCAGUCUCGCUGGCUAGGAUGCUCGUGCGAAAACAUGGUCUUCCAAACAGCUUUGUGAAACUGCUAGCCGAACUGACUGUGCGCCAUUUGCACAUCCUCCGUGUCAACGCUCUCGUCCUGCAUUGCUCCGUGGACGAACCUUCGAAGGACGAGUACAGCUCGAUAUUGUCUAUCAACCGACGGUGCAAUUAUGUUUGUGGCUAA